ACGCAGCAUUUAAAGUACAUGUUUCACAACUAAAUUGGUAAUGAGAAAUAUUUACAUAUUUAUAAAACAAAUGUAAAAUUGUUUCUGUUCAUCUUAAAAUGUAUUGGUGCCCAAAACAAAAGCGUGACACGUCAUGACGGCCGCCGGAGUCGCGUCACCUCAGUCCCCGCCCUCCACAGGGAAAGCGCACAUUCCUAUUGUCCAAGAUGGCGGCGUUGGUGCAGGUCCUCUGAUGCUGACAUGUUUUUAAACGAGUUUAUCCCUUUUUUUCGACAUAUAUGCAAAUACUCAGCGUUUGGAGCGGGAGCGUUUCUUCACCGAAGCUGUCGUCUGCUACGUUAUUUUUGCUAACACCGCAGAAAUUCGCUCCCCGGGCCGGAUUCCCGUUGCAGGCACCGAAAAGUUUGAGCUCCAUCAUCCUUUGAAAAUGAAGAGGCAGGCCGGGAGAGAGACUAGUCCGUCCAGGGCCAUCGCCAAACGGAUACGGGAGAGGGAGCGAGAGAGUGCGCGGAGGGAGGAGCUGCCGCCGCCGCCGCCGCUGGCUCUGUUGCUGGCGGACAGCCGGGGAUAUCACCGACGGAGCCGAAGCAGGGAGCGAGAGAAGCCGCGGCUCAGGGAGGAGCGGGCGGCCGCCUUGGAGCUCCACCACCGACAUGAGCUCAGCCUCCUCGGUCGUCCGCCGCUACGGACAACGGCUGCGGCGGCGGCGGCGGAGCUCCCUGCCGCCAGGCCGGGCACACUGGAGUACAAAACACUGCUCAUCAGCAACCUCGGCUCGCAGGUCUCGGACGAGGACGUGGAGGACGCGCUGUUUCAUGAGUUCAAAAAGUUCGGGGACGUCAGCGUGAAGCUGUCGCACACCCCGGAGCUGGGCCGGAUCGCCUACGUGAAUUUUCGGCACCCGGAGGACGCCAAGGAGGCCAGGCACGCCAAAUCCUCCAGGUUAGUGCUGGGCGAUCGACAGCUCAAAAUCGAACCCAUGUACGUUAGGAGGCGGAGUGUCACGCCGCCAGACGUUGGUUAUUUACCUCUGCACGCGCCGUACCCCUACAGACAGCGCUCCCUCUCCCCGCCGGGGCCAGGUGUGAGCAACAUCAGAGACAUCAGAGCGAGACAUUACGCCUUGGAGACCCUGGGUCUGAGCAGAGAGAGGGAGAGGCUGUUGGAUUAUUAUGGUAUGCUGGAUGAGAGGGGUCGGCCCUAUGGCUUCCCUCCGAUGCCAGUGGUGGAGGAUUUAAAACCCGAGGAUGAUCAGAGGGCGACCAGUAACCUGUUUAUUGGGAAUCUGGAUGGUAAUGUUACAGAAGCAGAACUGAGGAGGGGCUUUGACAAGUAUGGGAUCAUUGAGGAUGUUGUGAUUAAACGCCCAGCUCGUGGACAGGGUGGGGCAUAUGCUUUUGUGAAGUUUCAGAACCUGGACAUGGCCCACCGGGCCAAAGUGGCCAUGCAGGGACGGCUGAUCGGUGGCAACCCGAUAAAGAUUGGCUAUGGGAAAGCCAACCCUACCACGCGGCUUUGGGUGGGGGGUCUUGGGCCUGGGAACUCCCUCGCUGCUCUCGCUCGGGAGUUUGACCGGUUUGGAAGCAUAAGGAAUAUCGACUACGUGAAGGGGGACAGUUUUGCUUACAUUCAAUAUGAAAGUCUGGACGCUGCACAAGCCGCCUGCACCCAGAUGAGGGGUUUUCCUUUAGGUGGCCCAGAGCGGCGACUGAGGGUGGACUUUGCUAAAGUUGAGGAAAGCCCCUCUCGGCCAUUUCCACCUGGCUACCAGCCUCCUGUCGCACUCCCUUCCCACUACGACCUCCUCGGGGAGGCCUACAGCCGCCAUCGCAGCUUGGAACGAGAGCUGAGGGGAGCCAGGGACCGCUCAUCGCCGCCCUCCCACGGCGUCCUCUCCCAGAGGGAAAGAGAAAGGGCCGUGCUGGAGAGAGACUACCCCACUAGCCCAACCCGUAGCCUGGAGAGGAGAGCUGGAGGGGUGGAGGCGUUCGGGAGGAGUGGGAGAGCGGCGAGGAGCCGCAGCAGGAGCAGGGAGCGGUGGCUGAAGGAGAGGGAGGAGAGGAGGAACAGGAGGAGGAGCCGGAGCAGGAGUCUGUCCGCUGAUAGGCAGACAGAGGAGAGGGAGAGAGAGAGGGAGAAGGAGAGGGGGAGGUCGAGGGUUCGGGCUCCGGCUCCGGGAGGGGUCGUCUCUCCUGACGUGAGCCCCGACCGAGCGCGGGUCCGAGCCCCCGACUCCACCACCGAGCCAAGAGACCACUCCCCUGACAGCGGUGUAGCUGGACGCCACUCUGCCACCAAUGAAGAAGAUCCACUGCCUGGCCGCCACCACAGCAAGAGGUCCUCCAGCGUGCACCUCAACAACCAUCACCAUCGAAACAGUGAGGUUAUCGCCGCCAGCUCCCCCGCCAUCCACACGGACACGCACACCUCCUCCCCUCCGAGCACGCUGUCGGAGUUCGCCCAGGCGUCUCUCUCCAAAACGUGGCACGGCUUCUUCGCUCUGAAGAACAGCAGCUUCCCCACAGACCUGUACAUGCUGGAGGGGGGGCCCUCGUUCUUCAACACGGUGAUGAAGGACACUCUGAAGCUGCAGAGCCAGAACCAACCCAGCCAGCUGAAGAUCGCCCAGCGGCUCCGCAUGGACCAGACCCGCCUCGACGAGGUGUCCCGUCGCAUUAAACUGGGGCGGCCCAACGGGUUCGCCAUCCUGUUGGCUCUUCAGGGCCCCAUCGACCGCCAGGCCCCCGCUCCCGAGCCGGGACUGCAGGUGCGCUUGCUCCGCCACCUGGUGACCUAUCUGCGGAACAAGGAGGCAGCGGGAGUGGUGAGCCUCCCCGCUGCGAAAGAGGGCGGGCCUGGGGCGAUGCUGUACGCCUUCCCCCCUGGAGACUUCUCGCAACAGUACCUGCAGGCCGCCAAAAGGACUGUGGGUAAUCUGGACGAGGAGCACAUGGUGAUUGUGAUCGUCACGGAUACUAACUGAUUAUUACACUGAAGAGUACACACAUGUACAGACGCUUGUGAAGGCAUGCACACACACCGAGCGAGACUCGCCCGGUGACUACAGAUACUUCCAUGUUUUUAGAAAGAUGCAUUUUAUUGUUUUAUUCAGUGUCUUAUAAAUGAAACACAGCAAAUUACACUACAUCCCUUUUACUCUCUCUUCCUCUUUUAUUACUUUACGUUUCCCUUUCUCAGAAGCUGAAUUAUUGUCACGUUCAU